AUGAAUGCUAAAAAGGAUUAUGAAAGCUGUUUCAAGACUUUCAAGAAACUAUUGGAAAGCGAAAUGAUUAUCCAUAUAGUUAAUAUGGACAAUUUGGAGAGUUUCUUGGAAUUUCGAACUUUUUCUUCCGUUUUAAAAACAACUUUGCCUUCAAAAAGAAUGCUAAAAAAGGAUUAUGAAAGCUGUUUCAAGACUUAUAAGAGACUAUUGGAAAGCGAAAUGAUUAUCCAUAUAGUUAAUAUGGACAAUUUGGAGAGUUUCUUGGAAUUUCGAACUUUUUCUUCCGUUUUAAAAACAACUUUGCCUUCAAAAUGAAUGCUGGAAAGGAUUAUGAAAGCUGUUUCAAGACUUAUAAGAGACUAUUGGAAAGCGAAAUGAUUAUCCAUAUAGUUAAUAUGGACAAUUUGGAGAGUUUCUUGGAAUUUCGAACUUUUUCUUCCGUUUUAAAAACAACUUUGCCUUCAAAAUGAAUGCUGGAAAGGAUUAUGAAAGCUGUUUCAAGACUUUCAAGAAACUAUUGGAAAGCGAAAUGAUUAUCCAUAUAGUUAAUAUGGACAAUUUGGAGAGUUUCUUGGAAUUUCGAACUUUUUCUUCCGUUUUAAAAACAACUUUGCCUUCAA